GGUCACACUUUUUGAAAAAGGUAAACAAUUGAUUUUUCCUGCAAUACAUAAACGUUGAAGAAAAUGUCUGCUGCCAAAAAGAUAGCCGAAGCCGAGGAGUUAGUGCGCCAAGCAGAAAAGAGUUUGAAACUUUCUUUGUUAAAAUGGGUACCAGAUUACGAUAGUGCUGCGGAUGAGUAUUCCAAAGCUGCCACUGCAUAUCGAAUAGCAAAAAGUUUUGACAAAAGCAAAGAUUGUCUGUUAAAGGCCAUUGACGCAUACAAAAACAACAAGUCAUGGUUCCAUGCUGCAAAAUGCUACGAGCAGAUCAUAUUGCUAACUAAAGAGACAGAUAAAUUACAUGAAGCCGAGGAGUAUGCCAAUAAAGCAGCAAACCUAUAUCAGCAACAUGGUUCACCGGAAGCUGCUGCGUCCGCCCUGGAUAAAGCGGCCAAAUUGGUGGAACAUAAGCAUCCCGACAUUGCUUUGCGGUUUUACCAACAUGCCCUUGAAGUUAUAAUGAUUGAGGAUUCCGUCCGCCAAGCCGCUGAAUAUGCAUCGAAAGUCUCAAGAAUAUUGGUUAAACUUAAGAUGUACGAGGAAGCCACAAACGCCCUCAAAAAGGAAAUAGCACUAAACCAACAGACCGAAUCAUAUGGACAAAUUGGGCGUUUAGUCGUAGCUUUGGUAAUGGUACAAUUAGCCCGAGGCGAUUCCGUGGAAGCCGAAAAGACAUUUAGAGAAUGGGGUAACUGUUGCGAGCCCGAAGAGGUCUCAACCUUGCAAACCCUUUUGCAAGCUUUUGAUGACGAGGAUCCAGAAUUGGCUGCAAGGAUGCUGGCAUCUCCAUUUAUCAGGCAUAUGGAUGUUGAAUAUGCGAUUUUAUCCAAGAACAUUCCGUUACCUCAAGGUAUACAAGUUGAGAAGAAACCCAGCACCAGUGUUGAAAAUGAAAACAAUGACGCUGAAGACGAAGGGGGAUUGUGUUAAUUUUAUUAAAGUUUUACGGUCUGCUUAUUAGUCAAAUAUAU